AUGGUAUCUCUUAUCUUUUCGCAAGGGCUGGCGAAGGAUGUCACAUUUUUAUGUGAACUUAUAUACUCAUCAUAUUCAACUAUCUCUCCUUCCUUUGACACCGACAUUCCAUGCCCAAGAUGCAGUGACUGCAACCAAACAAUGACGGAUGGUGUCAUCUCAUCUUGCUUAGAUUGUUUUCUUUCUGGAGGAGAACUACAUCUCUUUGAGUAUGGUGUAUCUAAAAUUCAUUUUCUAGCACAAGCUAGAGGAGGUACCUGCACUCUUGCUUCUUCGGAUCCAACUCAAGAAGUUGUUACUCGCGCCUUGUAUCUUCUUGAAAAUGGAUUUGGUGACUACCAUUUCUUCAAGAAUAACUGUGAGGAUUUUGCGGUUUAUUGCAAAAUAGAACUGGUUGUAAGGAUAAACAACAUUGUAGGUGGUGGCGGAAGUGGACAGGUUGCAUCUUACUUGGCUCCUGUCAACUGCAUAGCUUCUUUGCCGCUUGGAUUUGUGAAGACGAGUUUUUACGGCAGGGUAUUGGUUAAUUGUGGAAUGUACUGCAUUAGAAGAUUGGUUUCUGAUAUUGGAUUUCGCAGUGGGGUAACUAAAGUUCCUGUUGAAAAAAUACAUGAGAUGGCUAGGUGGGAAAACUAGUGUGGUUUCAUCAAAACCACUCUUGUAAAAGGUCUUUGUUAAGUUUCAUGUAUGUUGUUCUUAAC